AUGAUGACCGACGCCUUUCUGAGGGGAUUACUAAUAUUAUGCUGUCUGGUUGUGCCGAUUCUAUGGCAGCCAUCGCUGGCAACCCGCGAUUUCGAUAUACGUUGGCGGGACAUCAACUGCUCGGUCAUUGACCCCACUACGGCGGAAAUCUUUAAGUGCGACAUUGUGGAAAUGCCAAAGAAGCAGGGCAAUUUUUUGAACACCUUCCUCCUGCUGCGCCGAUCCGUCACGAAAAUGUGGGUGGAGCUUAGCGUGGGACAGAUCGCCAACCGAAAGGAUCGUCCUGUUCAGCAACUCUUUAAGAUUCGAGUGGAUGGCUGCCACCUGAUUGAGUUUCGCAGCAAAAGCCGAAUCCUGAAUGCCGUGCUCCACAAACUCUUGCAAUCGGGAAACUAUCCAGAUGCCUGUCCUCUCCUGGCGAAUGUCAACUAUACGUCCACGCGAUUUGCACUCAAUCCGGAUCAUUUUCCGGCCUACAUGCCGGACAUGAAGUUCAACACGAAAUUGGUCUUUCAGCUGAGCAGGAAUAUGGGUCUGAUCAGGGCCAGUGUGGAUGCCGAGGUGAUGAGACGAUCGUAA